AGUGUCUAACAAAAUAUAAACAAGGGAAAAGAUAGAAGACUUCGUGUAAUUUUUAAAGUGAAUUUCGAAAUUUAACUGCUAUAAUAAAUAAAUAUAAUUACAUCCGACAGAAAGAAGAGAUUAUGUUGUGUGUUGUGCCUGGUUGCGGUGCAUCGAAUCAAGAGUAUUUAGUGGAGUUUCCGCGUAACAAAAGAUUAUCGAAGCGAUGGAAAGAGGCUAUCGAACUCGGUACCGGGUGUCAGUUACCGACGAGCGAUGUUUUCGUUCAUCAAAAUCAACAGCUUUGUUUGUCCCAUUUCUCCGGGGAUGACCAUCCUGGCUCGAUUAACUACCAGGAACCAAGCAACUUCAAAAAUUCAAAUGGAGAUUUGGUGCAAGUGUCGAGUUGUCGACUAUGUUUAAAAUUUGAUUUUCGAUCAAAAAUGUACCCAAAGGUUGGCAAAAUGGAACACGUUUCCUUGAGCAGCACGAUACGGGCAGUAAUGAAAAUUUCCCUAGCUCCAGAUGAUUUUCUUACCGAAAUCUGCGAAUGCUGUUUGAUUAAAGUAGAUGUCCUGAAAUCAUGGGCAAAAGAAACAUUACAGCAAGAGAUGGAUUUUCGUGAAUUGAUGAAUCUAGCGCGCAGCGAGCUGUCACACGCUGAUGUGUCAAUAAAAGUUGAAACCGUUUUACUGGAAGCAAAGGAAGAACCAGUUGAAGAUGAAUCAAUAACCGCGGAGGAUCCGCCGAUUUCAGUUUGUCCUCCAGAUGUUCAAUUUGAUAAAAACCCGAAGAAGGUUGAAAGUACUGACACGAUUACAGUAGAUGAGAUAAAAGUAUCUUCCGAUGAAGAUGAUCAACCUCUGGCAAGAUUGGCUAGAAAACGAAAAGAUGUUUCGACUAGAAGACGAAAACAAGUUUUUCCAUCUGAACGAAAAAAACGUGGAAGGAAACCUAAAUCUAAGUCAGAAACUAUGACUAAAAGAAAGGAGACGCGCCCUCGUGAGGCUGCUUCUCCAAAGCCACCUCGACAGGAGUAUCUUCGCCAUAUUCUAGCCAAGAAGUGUUAUAUUUGUAAUGUUUCGUUGGAAGACACGGAUGAGUUGAUUGCUCAUCUCACCGCUAUGCAUGCUGGAAAAAUAGAUUACAAGUGCGACGAUUGCAAUAAGACGUUCGGCAAAGUAACAAUCUACAAUCGUCAUCUUAGCUGUCAUGACAUUACCAUACGACCUAGAAAGUGUCAAUUUUGUUCCUUGUGUUUUAGCGCUAAAGAAAGCCUAAAAAUUCAUGAAAAUCGAGAACAUGGAGCCAACCAUACACUUCCGAAGCGCUACAAUCGACGACACAAAAUCUUUCAAUGUGAAUCCUGUGGAAAAAUUUUUCUUACCGAUUCUCUGUUAAAGCAGCAUGAUCUAUUUGUACACAAAAAAAUGCCAGCUGCCAGUUGCAAGCUGUGCGGUAAAACUUUCGUUACUAAAGCAAAUCUUGAAAAGCAUUACAUCGUGCAUUCAAAUGAGCGUCCGUACAAAUGCGAUAAAUGUGAGGCUUCUUUCAAAACUUCAACGGCUCUGACAAAACACUCUCUACUACAUGAAAAUGUUCUGCCUUACGAAUGUCGGCACUGUGAGGAACGUUUCCUUACGCAAGCCUUGUAUGCGAAACACCGUCAGUUGAAUCAUAAGAAUCAGCCGAAAGUUCCUCGUUCUAUUCCUUGUGGUAUCUGUCAAGAGGUUUUUUCUCGUUCGGCUGAUUUGAAAAAUCACAUAGCUGAAGCUCAUCCGGGUCAGGAGUAUCCGUACUACAGUUGCCCAGAAUGCCCGCAGAGGUUUCUAGAACGCGACCAGUUGGAACUUCAUGCUAACAUACACACCGAUCGAUUCGUAUGCGAAGUAUGUGACAAGCCGCAUUGUUCUGUAGCUCAAUUAAAAGAUCACAUGGAAUCACACAACCCGUCACAACCCUGGCAGUGCACCAUAUGUUUGAGGAGAUUUAGUCUGCAGUCGAACUACUCGCGUCAUCGGUUGAUCCAUCAGGAUGAGAAGCGCUUCAAAUGCGACUUUUGCGACAAGGGAUUCUCUCAAAAGGGACAAUUAAUGAACCAUCGAAGGACACACACCGGCGAACGCCCGUUUACAUGCCCUGCAUGUGGAAAAAGUUUCGGAGAUCGACCGACAUUUUACAAGCACCGGAAAAGAUGCAUGGAAAAAGAAUCGCAGCCAAACAAACGUUCCAUAUCGGCUACCAUUGAUGGCGAGGACUGCGAGUUUUAAGUGAUGACUGAAGUACAGAUAUUUAAUUAUUGCUAGAUACCAGCAAUGUUUAAUAAGUAUAAAUGUAAUAUAAUAAUUGCAAAGCUGUCGUUUCAUUUCUUUCAAGCGAGCAAAAUAAUAGACCCGUUUUCCUGGCGUUUAAAA